CACACGAACACUAGAGCUAGCUUCGCCUUUGCCACCAGUGUUGGAGUGCCAUGGCUCGGGUUGGGAUCAUGCUCGUCGCUUUGGGUGCGGUGGUGGCGUUGCUUCAGGUGGCGGCGGCACUGCCACGGCUGGAGCACCCGCCGAAGGCCGACGGGUCGCUCGCCAUCCUCGUCGUCGGUGACUGGGGGCGGCGCGGGCAGUUCAACCAGACCUUGGUUGCCCAGCAGAUGGGAGUAGUGGGGGAGAAGAUGGACAUCGACUUCGUCAUCUCGACCGGCGACAACAUCUACGAUGACGGCAUCGCCAACACCAGCGACCCACUCUUCAAGGAGUCCUUCUCCAACAUCUACACUGCCAAGGGCCUCCAGAAGCCUUGGUAUCUCGUCCUUGGCAACCAUGACUACACGGGCAAUGCGCUCGCCCAGCUGGACCCUGCCAUUCGCAACGUGGACAGCCGGUACACCGUCAUCGCAAAGUCCUUCAUCGUCAACUCAGGAAUUGCGGAUUUCUUCCUCGUCGACACGACGCCGUUCAUCCUCCACUACUGGAACAACACCAAGUUCGAUUGGAGAGGGGUUGCUCCUCGGGACACCUACAUCACAAAUCUCCUCAAGAACCUGGAGUACGCUCUGACGCAAUCCAAGGCCCCCUGGAAGAUCGUCGUCGGCCACCACCCCAUCAGCAGCGGCUGUGGGCAUGGGAACAACACUGAGCUCGAGGAGUUACUUCUCCCAGUCAUCAAGGCCCAUGGCGCCGACAUGUACGUGAACGGCCAUGACCACUGCCUGCAGCGCAUCACCAGCAGAGACAGUCCUCUUCAGUUCCUGACUAGUGGGGGCGGGUCGAAGGCGUGGGCUGGCAAGUUCAAGGCGACCCCGGACAAGGUGGAGUUCCUCUACGACGGGCAGGGGUUCAUGUCGAUGCGGCUGAGCAAGACGGAGGCCCACCUCGCCUUCUUCGACGUCGCCGGCAGCGUCCUGCACUGCUGGGGCCUCACCAAGACCGCAGCAGCUGCUGGGCACUAGCUUUGCUGUGGACUCCUAUAGCUGUCAGGCAGCAGCCGUACGAUGAGUUGAGCAAUCGCAAGGCAUGCAAUUAAUCGUUUGUGUAAACAUGAAGCAAUUGUUGCUGUUCUUCUUCUUUUUUUGAGUGGGUUGUUGCUCUUAUUUCUUUUUUGCGAAAUGUUGUUCUUGUUGUUGUGUGCACGUGUGACGGUGGGAAAUUCGUUCACCCUGUAAGACAAAUUCUUAAUAAAGAAUAAAGGUUAUUUUGUGGAUA